AUGGAUGUGCCACAAGGAUGGACUGCCUUUGUGCAUCCAGAAGGCGCCCGUUAUUUCGUGAACCAAGAAAAAAGAACAUUCACAGAUAUGAAUAUUUGUGAGCUAGAGAUAUGCGGAGAUAUCCAAUACUACAUGGAAUAUCUGCUGGAUGAACUGGAGCGGGCCAUUAAGAGAGGGGAGCUCGCGCUCGACAUGAAGCAGGUAGACCUUGUGCUUGAGCCCAAGAGCUUUGAUGGCGACUCUGUCAUCUGUUGCUAUUAUUUCGCCAAUCACCGCGACCGAUGCCUCUUUUGGUUGGAUGACUUCAAUCCCAAGGAUAUUAUCUCAGAAUGUAAAGGCGUUGAGAACUUCUCACAUUUAUGGCUUGCCAUUGAAGCGCAAUAUUGGAAACAUUGGGAUUUAUUUCCUAGCCUAUGCCCGCUUACACAAGACAUUAUCGAUGAGCUCAGGGACCUCUUGAUACAUGCGACAUGUGCAGACCACUUAACAUCGCUGCAGUCUUGUGCAGCAUUCGAUGUCAUUGAAAUCAAGGAUCAUCUUUCUGUGGUGGACAGGAUCAAGGCCCGAGUUCGAUCUAUUAUAUUCCUGAUGUUCAUUAUCAUUCAAGGCCGCAUCAUGUAUACAUUCACUCAUAACCACUUUGUGAAUUAUCACGGUGAAGACUGUGCGAGACUGAUGUUUGAACAAUCAGUCCAUGGUUGGUCAUAUAAACCAUCACCGUUGAUGUUUAUUCUCGCACCCCUUCUGUUCCUUGACCCUGUGGCUCAAGUUCAAGAACUGCACAAGAUUUUUGUGGAUGAGGUUACAUACGAUUCACGAUGGAAAGAAUUCUGUUUAAAAUUCAAAGGGCAACUUCAGGACUCUAACCUUUUGGCUACUGUCCUACUCAAUGCCAACGUUGGGUUUCUCGCUAUCAACACUGUUGAUAAAGGUGGUAGAGAUGCGAUUCAGAUGGCAAGCUACAUGUCCUUGGUGACGAGCUUGGGAAGCAUAGUCCUCGGCUUGUUCUUUGUCUCACAUGGUCAAACCUCUGGACAAAAUACAGCCACGGAAGCGGCAGUCUUUUUAGGAAGACUUCACAACGGAAAUCACGGACUGGAAAAGCUGGCUAUAAUGUAUAGCCUUCCAAAGGCAUUGCUGUUGUGGGGCAUGGCAUUCUUUUUUGCAGCAUUCUCGAUUGAUUGGUGGACGGCUGGAGAUAUAACUUCCAGGUCCAUUGUCGGUUCUGUGACGCUGGCCGUAUUGGUGAUGAUGUUAAGCAGCAUCAUGCUCACCAGGGGAGGA